AUGGGAGGACGGGGACGUGAAGACGGUCGAGGGGCCGACGACGGCGCUCGCCCGUCGCGUCCCCGUGCGGCUUCGGCUGUGUCUCUCGAUUCUCUCGAUCUCAAUGCCUCGGGUGCUCUGUCGGGGCCUUCCGUCCAUGCCGCUCUUCCAGGGAGGACGCUUCAAGCGGCGCGACACGUAGAGAAGAAACGCAAACAUCUCAUUGAGGAGCGAGAGGCGGAACAAUUUCUCGGUUCAGCUGCCGCUUCGCGGCAAGACGCCACCCAGCACCCUUCCCUGUUUCUGCAGAAGGCGCGGUUUUUCCGGUCCUCUCUGUUUCGUAUGCAACUCGACAAACUUGCAAAGGCUGCUCGCGGGAGCAUGCCUGCGCGUCUCGCGGCCGCCGCAGGACAUGGUGCGCCACGCCUCACAAGCGCCGAAGGAAAGGCAGAGGGAAACGACGAGGGGAGUGACGCGGACCCGACAGAGCCAAAAGGAGAGAAGCAGCGGAAGAAACAAAGUCAGAAGUCCGUGGAAGCGCGGAGACGCAGAGAAGAUGAAUCUGAGGAAACGCAGGCCGUGGCAGCUUUCCUCGUCUAUCUCAGACACAUGCUCAGCGAAGCGCCAACGAAUGAAGUAAGCUUCGAAAACAAAAAGGGACGAAACGGCAGCCGCCCCCUCACGCCUCUGCUCGUCCCGGUCUCUUCCUCGUCGCCUUCUGCGUUCUCACCUGUUUCAGGGGAAAUCGUGGGAUUCCGUUUCGAACCCCCAGUAGCCGUGAAGGUCGUCGGAAGUUUCCCCCUCGGACUCAUGAGCAGCUUCGACAAGAAUGUGGAUGUUGCCGUCGAAAUGCCGGCGCACAUGUUUCAGACUAAAGACUACCUGAACUACAGGUACCUCGCCAAACGGAGUGCCUACUUGGAGCAGCUGUAUGUUCAUCUCCGCGCUUCUCUCGCUGCGCAUUUCCCUUCUCCGUGUUCUUCGCACAAGUCGGACGCGUGCCCUGAGGCAGCUCGCCGUUUCCGUCAACUCGCUCCGUUCUGUUUGCCCCGGGUCGCAGUUCAACUUUGGCAGGGGGACUCUGCGAAGCCGAUUCUCAUCAUCGCCUUCGCGCCUACCAGUAGCCUCGCUUCUCGUGACAAGAACGCAGCCCAGACACAACGUCUGCAGUCGUGCAGUCGGACGGACCUGAGUGCCUGGACGGUGCGUCUCUUGUUCACGCCUCCGUCCGCGUCGCCGCUCUUCAAAGAACACCUGCUGGCCCCCGCCCGAAACUGCGUGCGUUCGCCGACGUGGUGUCUUGCCGACGAAGGGCCGUCUUCUUCGCCCGCGGCUGAGACCGACGGGUUGCUGCCGCCGACUCCGUACUACAACGGCCUGGUGCUGGAGGACCUGCGGAUGCAUGCGCGGCAAAAACGCCUUCACCAGUGCUGCCAAGCGUUUGGCGAGGCCUUCCGCGACGCGGUGCAGCUCCUCAAAGUCUGGGCGCAUCGACGAGGACGGAACUUGUUUGUUAUCUCGUCCUCGCUCAAAGCAAACGCGGACAAACGAGGCGAAAGAGACGCUCUCGCGACCAGCCAGACGGCCGUCCCCGCAACAGGCUUGGACGGCUCGACGCUGGCGAUGCUUUGCGGGCACGUGUGUACCAGCAGCCGCGACGUGGCGCUCUCAGCGACUGCCCACGACAUUUUUGUGUUGACCCUGUCCUUCCUCGCAAAGGCGGAUUUCCUGGGGUACUACUACGUCUUUGGAAGUUCGCAGGCUUAUCCGCGAGAAUGCCUCCAGCAGCCGAGCACGCCAGACGUCAUGGGAGGUCUGUCCCGAGUUUCUUCCUCCUCUGCCUCCUCCACCACGAAGGACGAAGCCCUCUGUGGGCGUCUCACUCUCUGUCCCGGCGUCGUCGCCGAGGCUCUGCUGUUCGACGGAGAAGACUGCGUCCACAACUUGCUUUGGAGGAUGCAACUGCAUGUGGCAGAGCUGCAGCAGCUCGCCCGCAGCAGUUUGCGGGCCAUGGAAGCGCUGAAGGAUCCGUUUGAUGCGCUCUUUGGCGCCGUGGGCAUCGCGGGACUGGCCCAGAGAGAGUGGACGACUGAGGAGGGCCCGCAGGGCGACGACGCGGAGACAGCAAAGGGGUCGCAUGCUCGACGCGACGCAGACGCGCUGCAGGUGGGGCUGCUUCUGGAAAACGACCUGCAAGUGAACAUCCCGCACAUCCCGUCCCCUUCGCAGAUUCGCGCCGCCCUCCGGCCAGAGGCGUCCGUGCCUCUCCAUGACUAUUUCUCGUACCGAGAACGACCGGACAAGAGUGCGGAGGAGACGCAUGCAGGCGCCGCCACCCAAGCCUCUGCCGAAAAAUCGAAAACCGCCGUUUCUGAGCGCGACUUUCUACGGUCUCUCGACGAGGGACCCAAGUGGGAAACGCCGUCUCUCAGGCUGCUAGCUGCGUCCUUGCUUCGCGUGUUGUUGCGAGCUCUAGGCGACAGAGUUCAGAGCAUCCAAAUUCGGUUUACCUAUCCAACCUUCAAUGCACUGCGGACUGCCGCCACGCGCAAAGAAGGCACGGCCCACAGCGCCGUCGACGCAGACGCUCAUGAAAAAGCCGUGUUCGGCAAUAUGCCCUUCACGUGGCAAGACGGCUUCCAAGAUGCAAUGCUGGAGAAUAAAGUGACGCCUGGGCUGCUCCUUUCCCUGAGGCUGAAUGGCGCCUCCGCGACGAGGACUUUGGACCGAGGCCCGCCGGCUGCAGUUGGCGGAGGCGUGGACGAAGCCGUUGAGAGUUUUAAGGCGUUUUGGGGGCCAGCCAAAGUCGAGCUCCGUCGGUUUCAAGAUGCGCAGAUUUUGAACACAGUCUUGUGGCGAGGCGACAGCGUCAAGUGCAGCGCUGGCGCGGCUCUCUUGAAUCCGAACGACGCGUCGGCGAGUCCGUUUUUCUCGCGAAGCGGAUGCAUUGCGGCGGAAGGCGCUGGACACGCACCGCCGCAUGUGGAAAUCAUUAACUACGCUCUCCGUCGGCAUUUCCCGAGCUUGCUUCUUCUCCAGGCCGAGGGCGCAGAGCCUGCUGACAGGAAAACUCCCCAGGAACCCACCGCGAAUGACGAGCAGAGGCGCUCAGGGGACACCGCUCGGUCGCUUGUCUCGUGCUGGCUACAGAGCUCCCCACUCGACAUGGCAGGAGGCGCGCGAGCGAAGGACCGUGAAAUGCACAAAGCACUUCUGCAGGCAUUCUCCGAGCUGAAAAAUACAAUCUGUUCCCUCAGCGCCGUGCCGCUGACAGUCAAACAAGCAAGAUCCACGAGCCCUGCCCUCCGUUAUUUCGACCUGCCUGUGACCUUCUCGCCUGUUUUUGCCUCGCGUGAAGCAGACGAAGAGCACGACAUGCGCACUUUGCAUCCAGUGGUGCUCGAGUUCGAGAGCUCUUCAGGCUGGCCGGAAGACCCCGUCGCCAUCCGGAAAAUCAAAACGGCAUUUCUUCUUGCCAUGCAGUCGGAACUUCUGGCCGACUAUGGAAUUAACGGCACGGUCACCGAGGAUUUCUUGGACGUGGAAAUGACGUCGUUUCUCUUCCGGAUCACAAUUUUCCAUCCAGCUGAAGUAAUCGCAGCGGGUGCGGUGUAUGCGGAGCCGACGAGUGAGCCACUCGCUAGGCACCUGAAGGGGCUGCCUGAGCGCCUGGUGGCCCUCGCGUCGCAUUCAGCGUCUUCUUUGAGAGACGAGGACAGUUCGGUCGGGACUUUGUCUGUAAGCCCAGAUUCUCCCUCUGGGGAGAAAGCUGGGGAUAAGGAGAAAAUCACCGAUAUUCUUUCUUUCCUCGCAGCAGAUGAUGAAGACGGAGCCACCGCAAGGAAAAGUGGCCUCGACUGCAUAGGUCUGGCGCUCCUUUCAGGAAAAGAAAGCGACUCAAAGAGACUGAUGAAGCAGGAAAUGCAGAGACUUCAACAUCUUCGUCAUCUCUGGUGGGAACCGCAGAUCGCUGGUGUCCUGCAGGCGUGUGCGAUGCGCUUCCCUGCCUUUGGAGGCUCUGUUUGGCUGAUCUGGCGGUGGCUCGGAGAAAUGCAGCUCCCGGGGCUCUUCCGGGUUGUAGAGCACCUUGCUGUGACGCUGUUUGUCGACCACCAGCGCCAGGGCUUCGCCGCACCCCCCCAGUCUCCCCAAGUCGCUUUUUUGAGUUUCCGUCUGUACCCGACAAUCCACACCGUGUUCGACCCUCAUGGGUUCCUCAUACCCUCUCCAGAGGCUGCCACAUUUGACCGUUUUGUUCAAAAUGCGAGAUCGGCGCUCUUGAAACUCAGUGGAACACUCAGUCGGCCGUCCGCGACCUCAGCUGUAUGGAGAGAGGUCUUCACACCAGACCUGCGUUCCUUCGACAUUGUUCUGUCCCUCGUUGACCCGCUGAGGGCUCGCCCGGGUGCGGCGAGCAAAACGGCAGCUCACAAGCGGUAUGCAAAUGUGGAGUCUUUUCACUCAACGGACAACGCAAUGUCGCUCUGCGGCCUCCAGAUGGCUGCAAGCAAACGGCGGUAUCUUUUUCUCCGAUUCCUCGGCCAGCUUCGGGAAGCGUACUCCGACGCUCUCAUUCUCGCGUAUAAUCCUAUGGCGGCGUCUUUAACGGCAGGUGGUAUGCCUGCCUUUAUCGCAGUCAAAGUCCGGCCUGGCGCUCUGGCCAUGCGUCGGGCCGAUCCUGCGGUUCUGUUGCCUUUUUGCGGCAUUCAGACUGUCCCUGACCUUGACGCUGGGACGGCCCUACAAGCCGAGACAAACACAGCGAGUUCCGAUGACGAAAACCAAGAACGUGAGGACGGCCAAGGUAGUAUGAAAUACAAAAAACAAACAGAGAGCUGUUCGUUUGAAUUGACUGUAAAUCCAGUUUUACUGGUCAGCUCUCUUAUGUCCAUGGGUCACGGUCUAGUGGAGUCGGUACAUAUUCUAUCGUGA